AUGACAUCUGCACCAACAAUCCUUGCAACAUGCAAGCAAACUCGGUUCCAUCUGCUAGAUGAUAACCCCUCGUCCGAGAUAGACGUGGAGGGACUCGGGAUUGUGGUCACUUCAUCCACACCCGCAACAGAAGACCCCUCCAAGCCAAAGAUCAAAGGGAAAUCCAAGGCUAAGGCAGCUGGCCAAGAGCUUAUUUCCGAUGGCCAUCUCCGGCUCAAGGGAGGUGUUCAUUAUGGACUACUUGGACGGAAUGGAACCGGAAAAUCAACACUGUUGAGAGCAAUGGCUGAAAAGCUCAUUCCCGGGAUUCCCCACGCGACUCGCAUUGCAAUCUUGCAGCAGACGGACGACCAAGACGAGUCAGGCAGCACAUACGGACUGAAACUAGAGAAGUCGGUUUUGGAGUCUGUACUCGGAAGUGAUGAAGCCAGAAAUGAGGCCGCUCGGUUGGCAGACUUCCUUUCUAAGAGCUUCGAGACCGAAGACCCAUUGAAGCCGGUACAGGCCAUUCGCAAGAUCCGACAUGAACAGGCAGAGCAGAAACUUUUUCUUGCUCAUAAAAAUGCUCACUUGAAGAGUGGUGCAAGGGGUCUACAGGCGAGGAAAGACCUAAAGGCCGCCGAAUCAAAACUUGAUUCCGCACAAGAGUUACUUGCCCAGGAACUCGAUGCUAUCGAUGCCGAGACAGUCACAGUAGAUACACAGGCAGCCGUUGAAAUGCUCCAAACUUUGCAAUCACAACUUGAAGAGGCGAGUACUGCAAACCAACUUGAUCUGUUCGAUGUGAACUAA